UUUUUUAUUGUUUUAUCAUCUUUAUCCAUUUUUCAUUAGAUUCCAAAUUCCUCCUUAUCCUUAAGAUUCUCCUCCCUCUUUUAUUUUCUCCGUUACUCUAUCUGAAAGGAAAAAAAAAAUCCAGAAAAAAGCAUCAUCAUAAUUGUCAAGAAAAAAAAAAAAAACAGUUUUUAAUGAAAUUUGGUAAGGAGUUCAAGACCCAUCUAGAGGAGACUCUACCGGAGUGGAGGGACAAAUUCCUAUGUUACAAACCCCUCAAGAAACUCCUCAAAAAUAUUCCUUCAAUCCCAUCCAUUCACCCUCAUCUUCCCCAUCAUCAACGGCCUGUAUUUGCUGACACCACCAACACAUCUGUUACGGCCGUUGAUCAUGAUCAUCAACAGCCUUCGGUUGAUUUGCAAGAUUGGUUCGUUAGGAUUCUGAAUGAAGAGCUUGAGAAGUUCAAUGAUUUUUAUGUUGAUAAAGAAGAAGAGUUCGUUAUUCGCUUUCAGGAGCUGAAGGAAAGAAUUGAACAAAUUAAGGACAGCAGUGGCAAGGGUGAAGUUUUUCCAUCAGAGAGUGAAUUUAGUGAAGAAAUGAUGGAUAUCCGCAAGGAUCUUGUCACUAUUCAUGGGGAGAUGGUGCUUCUCAAAAAUUUCAGUGCCCUAAAUUUUGCUGGGAUCGUUAAAAUUUUAAAGAAAUUUGAUAAACGAACAGGGGGACUGUUGCGACUACAGUUCACACAACUUGUCCUUCACCAGCCUUUCUUCACAACAGAAUCUCUUACAAGGCUAGUCCAUGAGUGUGAGGCAAAUCUUGAGUUUCUCUUUCCACUGGAAGCAGAAGUCAUUGAAUCUACCCCGCAAGGAAAACCAGAGAUACCAUCAAAUAACACUGCUAAUCAUUCGCAGGAAGCUUCAUCAUCUCUGGGAGAGGAAACCUUGGAUUUAUAUCGAAGCACUCUGGCUGCAAUGAAAGUGAUACGUGGCCUGCAAAAAGCAAGCUCCACCUACAAUCCCUUAUCAUUCUCAGCUCUCUUUAAGAACCAGGAUGAUGACAACGGUGGAAUAACAGCAGAAAACUCUGCUUCAAACUCUUCAGCUACUCUGCAAAAGGGCGAGGAGGCUGAUAAAGAGGAUGCACAAUCGGUGCAACAACGCUAGUUUUUCCUUUUUCUUGGCUACUUUACCUUUUAUUUUCAUUUAUUUCUUCGAACAACUGAAAAAUGAAUAACGUGCUUGAAGCUGUGUUUACAAUUAGUUUCACAGUAUAUAAGCCUGGAAGGGUCGCAUUUUCUUCAUAAACCGCGAAAAUAUCCAGAAUGUUAUGAACUGGCACUGCCUCUUUUGUAAUUUUCUUGUCUAUUAAGAAGGGUAUCACUAUCAUCAGGGUUUUGAAUUUUCUUCAA